AUGGACCCAUAUGAAUUUAUAUGCUAUGAAUGAAUGGAAAGCAUCUUGAUGCCUUGUUUGCAUUGCAGCUAAGAUGCUAGCAUUGUGUGCUAACAGCCAAGCUAGCUUGGCUGUCAGGUUCCCGCUUUUUUACUGCAAAUUCCAUUAUAUUUAUUUUUUUGUAUAAAUUCCUCACGUUGGACAAAUUUGCUAAACACAUUCACACUUCCACACAGUUUAAUCAACCGAAAUUGUUCGUUCGGUUCGGGUGGUCCUGUGCUCCAGUGAAAAGGAUCUCUCGGGGCUGCCCCGGUUCGGACACCGACGGGGCGGUCGGGACUGUGGUGGCCGAGGGGGCGUCGCCCGAGCUGGCCAUGUGGCCGCCUGGAGAGUGGCAGUGGUGAUGAUGAUGCUCGUCUCAAUUUAUUAUUUUUUUUUUUUUGAAAAGUCGAGGGAGAAAUCCGCAAAGCCAAUCAUGUCGCUCACAGCAGUCACGCAAAGAGGGUCAUCACAGCGUGUCAUCGCAGAUGAAGGCGCAUAGUUGAUUGGCACAGUUUUUACGCCGGAUGACCUUCCUGACGCAACCCCUAUCCAUUUAUCCGGGGAGAGGUUUGGAGCCUAUCCCAGCUAACUUCAGGCAAAGGCAGACUACACCCUGAACUGGUCGCCAGCCAGUCGGAGGGCAGAUACCGACACCAUCACUGAGCGGGAAUUGAUCCCACACUGCCUGCACCAAAGCUCAGCCGAUGAAGAUGGAGUCAGCAGCGGCCGAGGCUCAGCAGACGGCUGAGUCUGCCGAAGCUGAAAACCAGCAGCAAAUCACACCUGCACAGCUUGCCACCUUGGCACAGGUAUCCAUGGCAACAGGCCACGGCUCAGCAACAGGUCCCACAGUGACACUGGUACAGCUUCCAAACGGACAGACGGUCCAAGUGCACGGUGUGAUUCAGGCCGCACAGUCGUCCGUCAUACAGUCCCCACAAGUGCAAGCUGUGCAGAUCUCCACUAUCGCCGAAAGCGAGGAUUCACAGGAGUCGGUGGACAGCGUCACUGACUCACAGAAACGCCGUGAAAUCCUUUCGCGCCGACCAUCCUACAGGAAAAUCCUGAACGACCUCUCAUCCGAUGCACCGGCUGUCCCUCGCAUCGAGGAGGAAAAGGCAGAGGACGAUGUGGCUGCAGCUGCCACGCCUGCCAUCACCACUGUCACCGUGCCCACCCCUAUUUACCAGACCAGCAGUGGCCAGUACAUCGCCAUCACGCAGGGUGGCGCUAUCCAGCUGGCCAACAACGGCACCGACGGCGUUCAGGGCCUGCAGGCACUUACUAUGACUAACGCGACUGCCGCCCAGCCCGGAGCCACCAUCCUGCAGUAUGCGCAGACAAGCGACGGCCAGCAGAUACUUGUUCCUAGUAACCAAGUGGUAGUGCAAGCUGCGUCCGGAGAUGUCCAAGCCUACCAAAUCCGAGCAGCGCCUGCCAACACCAUCACCUCUGGGGUGGUCAUGGCCUCCUCACCUGCCCUCCCCACCCAGGGAGCCACUGAGGAGGUCACCCGCAAGAGAGAGGUCCGGCUCAUGAAGAACAGAGAGGCAGCACGUGAGUGUCGCAGAAAGAAGAAGGAGUAUGUAAAAUGUCUGGAGAACCGAGUGGCUGUCCUGGAGAACCAAAACAAGACACUCAUUGAAGAACUCAAAGCCCUCAAAGAUCUUUACUGUCACAAAUCCGACUAAAUCCCCUCAACCUUUCAAACCCAGAACAAUGUCCUUGCUUUGGACCUGGUUAGACUUUGUGCUCAUUCAGUCUUUGAAUGUUUGGCUUUACUUGCCUCAACUUUUUCAGUAUUUCGUACAUUUACCUUGGGUCCAUGAGUCUAAAAAGACAAAUGAAUAUAAGUGGGUGAGCUGGACUUGAACUGGAUCCUGAUUAUGAUUAUUCCUGUGAUUCCACCUCGGGUCCUCACUUGAACAAUUAGUUUUAAGCUUGACCCUACUGACUAGGUACCAGGUUCUAGUAGUAGAACAGAACUUUAAAACUGCUAGCAUAUUUCCACCUUGUGUCAGGAAUUGUUCAAAAUUGAAGCAUGUUUUUCAGCUUGUUUGGCUCUAAACCCACUGACCAGGUACCAGAUCUGAAACUCUUAACUCUCUGCUUUGGUGCAGUUAGUACAGGAACAGGUUGUUGAGUUUGUCUGAAGUGCAUCUUUUCUGGAUGAUUUUUAUCUUUUAUUCCAAAUCGUAUAUCAGGUAAUAGAUCUGCUCAAACAAACUUCAAUACAUGCUGGCAUAAAUCAUGUUUUGCGCAGACAGUGCAGAAAGAAAUCAUCGAUUCAUUUCAAAGUGCAUCUUUUGAUGGAUCCUUUUAACUUUUAGCCUAAAUUUACAGACUAAGUGGAUGGUCUGGUACAAAAAAAUUUAAUAUCCUGCUAGAAUGUGUGUGGAUUGUCAGUCAUCCAGGUCAUGGUAAUCUGUCAAGGUUGAAUAAGGAAAUUGAAGUGCUUUUGCAGAACUGCCGUAUGGUACGGAAAUCACUGAACGUUAACACAUUACGGCCAUAACGCAGAUUGUUCCAAACAUUCUGGUGGGGGGGGACCAUCUUCCGACAUGACCAGUGUGUCCACAUUGAACAGCUGUUGGGUGCACGAUUUUUUAAUUACCCACCAUACCCCUUUCCCCCAAGUGUCACAAAGGGAGCAGGAGAACUGGAUAGGCGGAAAAUAUGUCAAAGUCAUUUUAAGAUAGUCUUAUAUGCACUUGCAAGCCAAAAUAAGUGAUUCGGUGAUAAAGUACACUUGUCACAUAGGUCUGGCUGAAACUGCCAGAGGAACCAACUUUAAACUAAAGAACAGACUAAUUAAUAUGUGUUUAGAGAUCCAUUUUCCAUACUGCUUAUCCUCACUGGGGUCACGUGUGCUGGAGCCUGUCUCAGGUGACUGGGCUAGAGACAGGAUACACCAUGAACUGGUCUCCAGCCAAUCACGGGGCACAGAAAAACAAACAAUCGUUUGCAAUUUUAGAGUCUUCAUUUAAUCUGUCGUGCUUGUUUUUGGGAUGUGCUAGGAAAACCAACCACCUGAAAACCGGCACACGGACGGGGAAAACGCACAUGCUCAGAACUGUGAAGCAGAUGUGCUAACUAGUCCCCUACUUUGGUGUCCCUUAUGAUCGACGUACCGGCUAAAUUUAAUUUGCUCAGUGGCAGCUGUGUAGUAGUGCUGGACAGUGUGGCAACAUACUGUGGUGGUCAUUGUCACCAUCCAUGAAUAAGUCAUUGGUUCUAUCCAAAUACAAAAACCAGUCAUUGUUCUUAUGAUUGCAAAACUUGACGGACCCCUGGUAGCCAUUUACAGAUAAGAUGGGCAAGCUUAGCCAUAGACAGUUCAAAGACUUCAAAGUCAUUUGGAAGGACUGCUUUCCACGGGAGGACACCCAAGGACUGUGAAACAGUCCACAUUUUCCAGUCCACAACAAAACAUGACAACUCUUUUAACAUUUUAUUUGUGAAACUGAGGUCCUUUAUUUCAGCUUUUUUCCCCUCUUUUUGGGACUCCUUUCACUUUUACAGUAAAACCACCUGGUAUGACAACUUUUACUAUACAAACUGACAGAAAAAAAUGUGUGAUUUCAAUUAUUUGCAUGAGUAACACAUCCAGUCUUAUACGUGUUUAUUUUUUUAUACAACAUAUGUGUACAUAGAUGCUACUGCAUGUGUUGACUUGAUGUAUCUCUGUUUAGUGAUAUAUUUGUAACAUAGUGUACAUCGGUGUGUGUGUGUGAGGCCUAUCGGUCACGGCAGCUAUGAGUGAGGUUGUUGGUGUACGAGGUUGCAGUGCCAUAUUUUUUCGUUUUCAUUCAUCAUCUUUUCAGGCAAACAUCAAACUGUUAAAUAUAACCAAUCAUGGUAUUUCAACCCAUUGACACAUGCACCUAAUGAAAGCACAAAUGUUCUUUCAAGUGGACUUUUUCAUUUUUGUCUUUCAAGUCACACACUAUUUUAAGGUCAAUUCAUUACGACCUUUAUUGACAUUGGUCAAUCUGUAGGUUACAUGAUUCAUUUCUUCAUUAGCUGGUCUACUGGUCCAAUCAUUGCAAAGUAUUACACAGUGAUCUGUUGGAUAUAUCACUUUUUGGUUCAACUACAGGUCAUUACACCAAUUAGUCGGUUGUCACUUCAUUCUGAUUACUGUAUAUAGACGAUGGUGAAUGACGCCACUCACUCAACUCAACAUUACGACUGUAUUGGUUUGGUAUCGCUCACUACUUGUUUAUUUUUCAUCAAUCUUUUUCUCUUCUGUCAAUUAGCACCAAUUGCUCAGUUACAUCACCUCCUAUUGGCUAACUUCUCUCAGUCAAUUUGCAGCGAUUGGUCGGAUAAAUCGUUAGUCUACAUGUUAAUCGUGACACAUCUAUUGGGCUGGUACAUCGGUUACUCAUUGGUUAGUCUGCUGGUGAAUCAUGUAGUUCUCAGGUGGUUACAUCACUCAGUGAUUGAGAAGUCUACGUUAUUCGUUAAGCAUCAAUUGUACGUCUGCAUCACUUCUUUUGUUAGUCUAUAUGUCAAUCAUUCAGCUCUUGGUUGAUAAUAACUCAUUGGUUGUUCCAAAUCAAUCAUUACAAGUGAAUGGUUUGCUACGCCAGUCAUCGCUCACUGGCUUGUCUAAAUGACAAUCACUGAAUGGUUACUCAUCAUUCCACACUGGCUAUAGUGCUAAUCAUGAUUCAACAAUUACCUCCCAUGAGUUGGUUUAUAUUUCAAAUAUUACCCACGAACCAGUUAGUUGCAUUACAUUUGCGGUUAUUCUGCAUGUCAGUCAUUGGGCAGUCUAAAUGUUUAUGCAAGGGUCAGUCAAUUACAUCACCGACUCUACUGACAACUCUACGUCACUUAUGAAGCCAAUGAUUGUUUGGUCACAUCCCUCACUCUACACUGGUUCUGCAUGACAAUCCCUGCAGCCUUCUCAUUGGCUGACGGUCAGGUGUCCUUGGAGCCACCUCUAAACUCAUGAUUUGUCACUUUGAACCUUACACACCAUCAAUUAUUCGCCGCUGUUUAAUCAUUUUUGUUGUUUUAUUUCAUGAUUAAGGAACUCUGGCAGUAGUAUUUUUCUAGCUGAUAGAUGUUACUAUUGUACAAUAGACAUUUGUGUAAACAACAUGGCGGCUGUUUUAUGGUUGUGUGUUUCUCGUGUCCCGAGGAGCUUUGAUAAGUCAUUACAGUAUGCAUAUGUACUGUAUGUGUAUAUGGAUGCAGGGAAGUAUUCUAUUUCGUGCAUACAUGAAUGUGUUUCAUUUGUAACAUCCGCACGCUGUGCUGGAUAGACAGGAAAGUAAUAACAGGAACAUUUCUAAGAAUUUUCUAUCCUGAUGGCUUUCUAAUUUCUAUAUGGGAGCCCUUAUUCAUUUUACAUAAUGUUUUCUCAUUAAGGUCCGAAUAUGAGUUAUUAUACUCUGCUUAACGAUACCACAGCAUCUGAUUAUUGUUUUUGUAAGCCCUUGUUGCAAUAAACUGCACAAGCAGAUGUAGAAAUGACUCAAAUCAAUCAAACGUUGGACAUAAAGGCGCUAGAUAUUUAUGUCUGUACAGUUGUUUUGAAAUUAAAUCAGGAAACAAUC